AGACAGCCGUGAAAUAGCAGUCACUUGAAAAGAAGAGACUGGGAUUUUAAGGAAAGGCUGGGGCUAGAUUUCAGUCAUCUUGAUUAAAUGACAAAUUGAAUAUAGUCAAAGGAGAGAAAACAUGAGAGAACCCUGGAGUCCACUGACUGAAACAGCAGGACUUUGAAAAUAGAAGUGGAGAGGAGAGAAUUAUCACAGUGACAUCUCACAAACGCUAUGGAGAAGAAACUGGUCCUAUUUUCAAAUGCCAAAGAGAUUGAGGAAAGGAAAAAAAAGGGUAAUUUGAUGUGGUCAAUAAGGAAACAACUAGUGAUCUUGGAAAGUUAAGUAAUGGAGAUAAUCAAAGCAAGAUUGAAAGAAGAGGAGAUAUAAGGAACUGAUAAGAAAAUGUAGACAUCGAAUGGAGAUUCCUGGGAGUUUAGCACUGAAAAGAAAAUUGGAAUAAUAUUUGAGGAUGGCAUAAUAAAGACAAGAUAAAAAUUUUAGAUAGUUAAACCCUUGGUCUAAGGGGAAAAGUAUAGUAAGGCAUAUUUAAGAUGCUGGAACAAAGUGGUUUGACUGAGGAGGGUUAGGGAGAAAGUGGGAUCCACUCAUCAAGAUUUUGUGAUUUUCUUAAAGAGAUGAGGUAAUGGAUAAAUAUCAGAAAAUCUCGGGAAAAGAUUUAAGGGUGGAGAAAAGGGCAUUCAUUACUUAAGUGGAUAGUAAGAUAGUGCUGAUGGUUUGGAGAGGAAAUAAAGGUUCUUCUUUAAAGCAGUGCAGCCACGAGACUUACAUGAACUGAUGCUAACUGAAAUGAGCAGAACCAGGAGAUCAUUAUAUACCUCAACAAUGAUACUGUUUGAGGAUGUAUUCUGAUGGAAGUGGAUCUCUUCAAGAAAGAGAGCUAAUUCAGUUUCAAUUGAUCAAAGAUGGGCAGAAGCAGCUACACCCAAAGAAAGAACACUGGGAGAUGAAUAUAAACUGCUUGCAUUUUUGUUUUUCUUCCCGGGUUAUUUAUACCUUCUGAAUUCAAUUCUCCCUGUGCAACAAGAAAACUGUUCGGUUCUGCACACGUAUAUUGUAUCCAGGAUAUACUGUAACCUAUUCAACAUGUAAAGGACUGCUUGCCAUCUGGGGGAGGGGUGGAGGGAGGGAGGGGAAAAAUCGGAACAGAAGUGAAUGCAAGGGAUAAUGUUGUAAAAAAUUACCCUGGCAUUAGUUCUAUUAAUAAAAAGUUUUUUUUUUUUUUAAAUAAGAGAUAAUCAUGGAGAAAAAAAAAAAAAAACAAAAAAAAAACAGUGCAGCCACUAUUACAGAAAGACCAAGUUGUAGCAACCUCUGGGAAACCGUACUUUUUUUUUUUUCUUUGUUUUACAUUAUAAGUUUUCCCCCUUGUAUAUAAAGAGAUCUCUUAUAUAGCAUUUUAUUUUAUUUAUUUUAUUUUUUUAAUAAAACAAAAAUUUUUAAUAGGCAUAUGUUAAAAAUGAAGAUAAUACAAAAUUGUUAAUAGGCACACAUUAAAAUUAAUAUAUAACAUAACACAAAGAUUGUUAAUAGGCACAUAUUAAAAUUAACACAAUAUAUAACACAAAAGUGUUAAUAGGCACAUUAAAAUAAACAUAUAUAACACAAAGGUUGCUAAUAGGCAUAUUAAUAAGGCCAUUUUGGGUAGCACAGUGGCUAGAAGGCUGGUCCUGGCAUCAGGAAAACUUCUCUCUGGUUGUUGCUCAGUUUGACAGCCUUGUCCAGCCCUUGUUGUCCCCAUUUGGCCUUUUCUUGGCAGAGAUCUUCCCUAGUGGAUCCAUUUUGUCAGAUAGAGGUAAAAUGACUUGUCCAGGGCUAGGCAGGAUGUGAGGCUAGAUUUGAAUUCAGUUCUUCUUGACUCCAGGUCCUGUGCUCUAUUUUUUUUUUUUUUUUUUUUUUGUGAGUGGGUUGGAGAGGAGACAUUUAUUUGGUCACUCCAAAUACAGGAUUUGGAGGCACAGGAGUCAAGGACAUGUUACAGUGUGCCUGAUCAUUAUAGCAUUUUUUUUAAAGAAAAAAAAUCAAUAUGAAGAAAGGACCCUUAAACUCUAAAAGGAGAAAAUCUUCAACUCUGCCUCAGUGAGAGAACUUGCCCAAGGGAAAUAAGACAAAACAGUUUCAUUCAGUUAUCUAGGUGGGGCUGACCUAAAAGAAUUCCAACUCUAUUCAAUUAAAGAAACUCAUUUGAUUCUCUUCAAAUCAAGCUGAAACCCAGCUAGUAGAUGAGCCAACUUGGGACUCCACCUGCUAGCACUCUUCAGCUUAUAGCUGAAGCUGCUAUCAUAAAAAGAGCCAAUCUAAAAUCCUCUUGGCAGAGGUUCUAAACAUGCCAUGCUAUGCCACGGAAACUUCUGCCGCUGGAAUAAUAUUCUCUUCUAGUGUUACCCUCUCUUUAUCCUCACCUAUUUCCCUGAGACUUUAUGCCUCUCUGUCAGGAUUUCUAAUCUUUCUUCCUAAUCCCUAUAAUAAACCUUUUUUCAAUCUAGGUUUUUAGGUUUGUAAACUCUUUUACAGAGAAUCUCUAAAAUUCCCUACCCUUGCACCAAAUCCCAAGGGGGUACAGUAGAGCCAAACCUCUCCAUUUGGUUCCCUGAACCCCGAACCUACCACUAAACCUUAUCAUUUAACUCCCUGACCAUCAGAAACCGUAAAGUCAUUUUGGUUCCCUAAAUCUAGACCUCAUCAUUUGGUUCCCUACUAAAGGGAAUCCCAAAACCUAAACCUCGUCAUGUUUUUUGGUUCCAUACAGGGAGCCCCCAAAACUAGAUCAUAUGCAUUGAAAAAAAUUGAAAAUAUAUGCUUUGUUGGAGUUGUAAAGUUAAAAGGGAUGUUUAAAAAUAAAGGGAAUAUUGUUUUCAGGAAGUGAGCAAAUGAGAGGGAUGUGUGUACACAUAAGAAAGCUAAAAGGUAAUUUUUCUAAUCUCUUGGAUUUAUUAGUCUUAAAAUACAAAGGAAUAUAGUAUAGUGUUAAGAGCAGUGAAACUGCAGUCACUAGCCCAGAAUUAAAACACACUAAAAGUACCUACCACUGGUGUGACCCUUAAGCAAUUCCCUUCUCUGUCUGCCCUCUCCCCAGUCAGUUUGCUAAUUAGGUGACGCGCCCCUUCCGGCUCUCAGAGAAAGUGGGACUGAGCUGGAACCACCACCUCCAGCAGAUAAAUUAAAUCUUUAGUGAACAUUACUACCUUGACGUGGAAAGUGGCCAAUCGGAGUUAGGAGUAUUCUGUGGACUGCAAACUUGGGGAAAUUUAAUUCGGGUUAAUAACUUCACGUAGUACUUUUUUCCGCCCGGAGAGCCAGGUUGUUAUGUUGGUAUGUUAUGUUAUGUAUGGUAUGUUAAACAUACCAACACAUCCUGGAGUGUAGGGCAGCCAGUCAAGUAGACCAGAGUCCCAGGGGGAGUCUUUGCCCUCUAGAGCAUCACUUGACAAAGCCUAUGGGGGCCAGGACACAAAGAGGCACCAAAAUCAGGCACGCGGAGUUUCAAAAGAGACCGCAGGAGAAAAGAGGAACUUCGAGUUAUCAGUCCAUCCUCUUCCGGCUCUCAGCGGAAGCUCGGAACACGUUUGGUGGAACGGCCUCGAUCUCUUUAGAUCAAAACAAAACAAAGCACAUUUCCUGUCCCCUCCUAGAGACCGCACCUCCUCUCUAGUUUGUGCUGCGUUGUUUCCGGUUCUCCUCGGAAUCGGGAAGGCGGGUCCUCCACGAGAGCGGCCAUGACGAUGGUAGCCAUCAUGACGGCUGGUGGGGUUGGAGCCGCGUUACAGGCGGCUGAGGUCCUGGAGAGCAUCGUGGGUGACUGCGUCGGACCCGAGGGGCAGCAAGUAUUGUGUACGAAGCCCACGGGCGACGUGUUGUUCAGCCGCGAUGGUGGCCGCCUCCUAGAGACGCUGAACGUAGAGCAUCCGGUGGCCAGGAUGAUAGUGACUUGUGUUUCCAUGAAUCAGAGUGUGACUGGAGAUGGUUCUAAAACAUUCAUUAUUCUUCUUUGUGAUUUACUCCGAGGACUUAAGGCAAUCACUGACAAAGAAAGGAGUUCUUAUGGGGGAAAUAUUAAAAGCCAAGAAAGACAUUGGAAAAAUUGUUGCGAGUGGAAAUACAUUUCUCAAGCUAUUUUGACAUUUCAAGCACACAUAUUAGACUACAUUGUGGCUCAGUAUUUGAGUAAACACUUUUUGUCCAUUUUUUCAUUUUCUGGAGAAAAAAAAAAAAUUUGUAGGAGCUCACUAGAAUCCUUAUUAGAUGCAUAUUUUUCUGGAAGAGUGGGAAGAAAUAAUCAGAAAUUUAUUUCCCAGUUAACUUGUGAUUAUUUUUAUCAGUGUUUGAGCCAUGAAGAUGGUAAAGAUGAAAUAAUUGAUUUAGUAGAUGAAUAUUUUCUGGAAUUGUGCACUGCUGUCAUAGGACUUCCAAUUUCAAGUUCAAGAAUCGUAUCAGGGCUUGUUAUUCAUAGAGAUUUUUCUGUUUACUGCCCAGCAGAUGGUGAUAUGAGAAUUUUCAUUGUAACUGAAUCCAUUCAGCCUGCACUUUCCACUUCUGGUUCUGAGCUUAUUAUAAAUUCAGAAGCACAAUUUCAGGCAUCUCACAUUUGGACUAUAGAAAGGACAAGAGCUAUAAUGAAAGAUUUGCAAAGUAAGAGUAUAAAAUUGCUUUUGUCUAGUGUGAAGCAAGAGGAUGCAGUUAUUUAUUAUGCAAAACUGAAUGGCAUAUCAGUGGUAGAGUGCAUACCAUCAGAGGAAAUUUCUCUCCUUUGUAGAAUCAGUGCUUUGUCAUCUUUUAUGCCAUCAUGGGCCACUUCACAGUGUUACAUCUCUGACACUGCAUUAGUGAAGUUUUGUCAGCCCAUUUUGCUUAAUUCCAAAAGGUAUGUUCAUCUUGGCUUACUUAGCACACACUUUUUUAUACCCCAUUGUUUAGUCCUUUGUGGACCAGUACAAGGCCUUACUGAUCAACACAUUCAUGCUUUCCAUGGAGCAUUUAAAGUACUUCGACAAGUCUUUAAAGUGCUUAAUCUCAGUUACAAAGCACAAGGGAACAAUCCAAAUGAGAUCUCAAAGUCUUUUACUUCUAAAAAUAAUAAACAAAGUCAUCAUUUGAUAGAAGGUUAUAGAGCUUUGUUUAAAAGACAGUGUCUGGACUCAGUUUUAAAAAGUAAAGAUAAUCCAUCAGUGCAAUCUCAUUUAAGUGACACUCCAGAUUUGGUACUGUCAGGUAUAGAAUCAGAGAAUGAGAUUUCAAGUACAACUUUAACACACACACAUAAAGAAAAGGGAGACUUCGAAUCCCUCAUAUAUUCUUAUCCCAACAAAAUUGGUAUUAUUAAUGCCAAGGAAUCAUUUAUAGCUAUUAAUUGUGGUUGUAAUGGUGAUUCCCUGUCAGAAAUUUUUGAUGAUCAUUUAAGUGUCAUUGAACAGACUUGCAAAAUGAGUAGUACUACCAUAGGCAUGACAUCAAAGGAGGUACUCGAGCACACUUCAAAAAAUUAUUGUACUUCCUUUAUAGAGGCUGGUUCUGUUUUACCAGUAGGUGGUCACUUUGAGAUCCUAUUACAUUAUUAUCUAAUUGACUAUUCCCGACAGUGCCAACAGCCUGAAGUAAGUAUGAUAUGUUCAUUAAUAGCUAAUGCACUAUUGAGUGUUCCAAAAACCCUUUAUAAAGCUAAGAGAGGAAAUAAAAGCUUUUGUCAUAUGUACUUAAGAGCUAUGCAUGCUCUACAAACUAAGCAGUGGAUGGCAGGAAGUCAAACAGGCCUUGAAUCAGUAGCUUGUAAAUAUCAAUUAUUGACAUCGGUGCUUCACUGCUUGACAAAACUCUUAACUGUUGAGUUAGUCAUCAGGAUUAAUAAACAGCCACAAAAGACUGAUGGUGAUGAGACAGAAGAAGAUGUGUGAAAACAGUAGUUUUGUUCUCAGUGGGUUUUGUAGUUUGUUUUUUUAAUCUGGCUCAAUCUGUGGAGAGCUGUUUCUCAAUACAAUCCUUUUUUUUCCAAGAUGAAACUAUGAGGAUAUUAGUCAUUUUUGUACCUAGAAUGGUGAAAAAUGCAACAAGCCUUUCACAAGCUACAAAUAUUGCUCAAUGAGAACUAUAUGUGUAUUCUUAUUAGUAAUAUAUCAGAAAAGGGUGGUAAGAAGUUUUAUUUAUCUCUUCGUUUCUCUUUUUUCCAUUCCCUUUCUAUUUUUGUACAUUAACUAUCCAUAAUAUAUAUGUCAGAAAAAAUAUUUUUCAUUUGUUGUAUUUAACUAGCACUACAAUUCCAAACAAAUGUCAGGUUGUUGUUUUUUUUUUUUAAUACCCUGUCCUACUGCUGUAUUUGUUUCAGCGCCAUAUUAAUAAAGCAUGAUUUCACAUA